AUGAAAUUACCAAUGAAGCUAAGUUUGUUCUAUGAAGCAUUAUGUCCAUAUUGUCAAAAUUUUAUUGCAAAUCAUCUUGGCAAUAUUUACAAUCAAUUUCGCGGAUUUAUUGAACUUGAAAUGAUACCAUGGGGAAAUUCAAAAUUAUUCCAAAAUGGUACCAUACGAUGUAAUCAUGGAUCAAUUGAAUGUGAUGCUAAUAAAUUACAAAGUUGUGUCUUGGAAUAUGCAAAAAUGAAACAUGCCUUGGCUUUUAUCAUUUGUUUCGAACGAUCUCUUACGGAUCUCAAUGUGGAAUCAGCAUUUCAACACUGUUCCGGUUUCAUUCGUAAUCAUUAUAGACGAAUCAGACGGUGUUACGAUUCAGAACGUGGCAUACAAUUGCAACGAAAAGCAUUCCAUCGCACAAUGUCCGCUAAACCAAAUCGUAUAUCAGAAGUACCAUAUCUGCUUAUUAAUGAAUAUAGUCCAAAUCCGGAUUCCAAUAAUUUGGAUAUACAUGCUUUGCAAUUAUUGUUAAAGAAAUGGAAGCGUAUACCUCGUGAUUAUUUAAUUAAAUGA